AGGAUUCAAUAGAAUCGAUGAAAUGAAUUAUAAAAAUAAUAUUUUUAGACCUAGACCAUUCAAGAAACACAUACGCAACUAGAAACAACUUUCAUAAAAAGAUAAAAACAAAUUUAAUUGGAAAAAAAAAGAGGAAAAAGUUAGGUUGUGCUUAGAAAAGAAGAAAAACAAGAGUAAGAGCGCAGCUGAAUAUCAUUUGCGGGGAACCCAUCUGAAUUGUUGAGAGAAGGUGGUGAAUCUAAGUGGAAGAUAUUGCAACUCUGAUUUCAGAAAGAGACACACUAGCAGCGAGAUGACAUAUGAAUUAGAUGAACAAAAAAAGGUUGGGUUAGGUCUCAUUGGAUUUGGCAUCUUUUUCACUUUUCUUGCCAUAAUGUUGUUCUUCGACAGGGGUUUGCUUGCGCUGGCAAAUAUACUUUUGUUAGCAGGUGUAGCACUUCUGUUGGGUUUGCGUUCUACAUUACAGCUCUUCAAAGUAAACUACAAGGGCACAAUAUCAUUUAUGCUUGGGCUCUUUCUCAUAUUUGUUCGCUGGCCAGUUGUGGGUAUCAUUGUGGAAAUAUAUGGAUGCAUUAUUCUCUUCGGUUGUUUCUGGCCAUCCAUCAAGGUUUUUCUUUUCCAGAUUCCUGUAUUUGGAUGGAUUCUGCAGUAUCCUGCCCUGCUUCUUGACCGCUUUCGUAGCUGACUGACUGAUUUGUCUACUCCAGUUAUCCUGUUUGUAAAAGAGGAAGAAUAUACUGAGCUAGGGUUGUUUGUCAUGUGAUGCAGAUUGCUGUCACCUUUAUCUUCAAAUGUAUAUUAGAUGUUGAUUAGGAUUAUAAUAAUCAUCAGUUCUGAAGUAGCAAAUCUUGUUAUCAAGUUUUCUUAUACUAUCCUAUCCCCUGUUUUCUCUACCAUUUUCUUAGGGAAAAACUUUUUGACAUAUAGUUUAUCUGUCAUAUUUUUUAUAUUUAGAAGAAGAAGAAAAAUGAACUCAAAAGUCAUAUUUUUAUCCUUUUUAGUCAAGCACGUUAUUGGUUA